GCAGUGCGCUGGCCCAGGGCCUGUGUGUGCAGUGUCCAUCUCGAUGGCUACCUGCCAGGGCUACCCCUCUGUGGGCCAUAGUCAUCAACCUGUCACAAAAUAUUUAAUAUUCCUGAGCACCCAACUGGUCCACAUCUACUGGCCUCUUUUAAGAGCUAUAUCUGUAAGCCACACAUUUCCGGAAAAGCAGGCUGAAAAGCGGUUCACAAGCUCUGGAAGUUGGAUGUAAAUCCUGGCUCUCAUGGUGCUGGCAAGAGACUUGCUUGGCCUCUCAGAGUCUCAGUUUCCUUAUCUGCAGAACAAGGGCAGGAACCUCACCUGCUGGGUGAAGCUGGAGGGAAGCUUGAACAAGAAAAUACAUCUAAAAGCAUCUGGCAUGUGAUGGCACUCCCCACGCUGCCCUCCUCCUGGUGCAGCCGGCGGCUCCCAGAUCAGCAGGCCGCCCGACAGCGCCGCCAGGAGCAGGAGGCACAUCUUCGGCAGCAGUGGGACCGGAACAGCCGCUACUUCCAGGUGUCUGACAUCUGCAGCUCUAAACAGGCAGAGUGGAGCUCCAGGGCCUCCUACCAGCGGAGCAUGCAUGCCUACCAGCGGGAGAAGAUGAAGGAGGAGGGGAGGAAGCGUCUGGAGGCCCGACGUCAGAGACUCAGGCAGCUUUUGGUGGAGGAACAAGACUUGCUGGCCAGGCAACUGGAGGAGCUGAGGCUGAGCAUGAACUUGAGGGAAGGGAGAAUCCGGGAGCAGCAUGGGAACCUGAAGGCAGCCCGAGAGGAGCAAAGGAAACUGAUUGCUGAACGACUUUUGUAUGAACACUGGAAAAAGAACGACCCCAAACUUCGAGAGAUCGAAUCGGACCUUCACAAGAGGCAUGUGGUAAACGCUUGGGAAACGCAGAAAGAGGAAAAAAAACAGCAAGAAGCCGCCGAAGAGGAAAAGGAAAAACGAUUUGAAAAUGAGUAUGAAACGGCCCGCCGGGAAGGACUGGAGCGGAUGAAAGCGGAAGAGGACAGGAGGCAGCUGGAGAGUAAGCUGCAGGCCGAGGCGCUGCGCCAGCAGAUGGAGGAGCUGAAGGUGAAGGAGAUGGAGGCCACCAAACUGAAGAAGGAGCAGGAGAAUCUGCUGAAGCAGCGCUGGGAGCUGGAGAGGCUGGAGGAGGAGAGGCGGCAGAUGGCAGCCUUGCGGCAGAAGGCAGAACUGGGACGCUUCCUGAGACAUCAGUAUAAUGUGAAGCUCAAUAGACGCACACAGCAGAUCCAAGAGGAACUGGAGGCGGACAAGCGCAUCCUGCAGGCGCUGUUAGAGGAGGAGGACGAGAACCGGCGUGUGCACCAGGCCCGGCGGGAGCAGGCCCUGGCCGACGUGGCCUGGAUGAAGCGGGUCAUUGAGGAGCAGCUGGAGCUGGAGCGGGCGCGGGAGGCAGAGCUGCAGAUGCUGCUGAGGGAAGAGGCCAAGGAAAUGUGGGAGAAGAGAGAGGCAGAGUGGGCCCGCGAGAGGAGCGCUCGAGACCGGCUGAUGAGCGAGGUUCUGACAGGAAGACAGCAACAGAUCCAGGAAAAGAUUGAACAAAACCGACGGGCGCAGGAGGAAUCCCUGAGACACAGAGAGCAACUUAUUCAAGAUCUUGAGGAGGCAAGAGAGUCAGCUCGUCGUGAGAAAGAGGAGAGUGAGGAGCUGAAAUCGGCAAGGAAGCAGGAGCUGGAAGCUCAGGUGGCAGAGCGGCAGCUGCAGGUGUGGGAGGCAGACCAGCAGGAGAAGGAGGAGGAAGAGGAGGCGAGACGGGCAGAGCAGCUCACGGCUGCCCUGCUGCAGCAGGAGGCAAAGAUGAUGGCCAAGCAGGGCUACCGGCCCAAGCCUUAUGGACAUCCCAGAAUCGCUUGGAACUGACUUGGUUGGUACUGUAACUCCUCCACACAAGGAGUGAGGAUGGUGAGGUCUCUGGUAUGCAGCCGCCAGACCGUUCUACAGGCUCUGUUCCAGUGUUCGGGUCACUGUAAAAUAGUUCAGCGAAUGUUCAGGUCCACGAUUAAAUGGAGUGAGGGUCUGGCUGGACUUUAAGCUGUGUUGGCUAUCCAGGAGGCCCUUUCCUGCCUUUUUUAUCCCAGAAAGGGACUUCAUAGUCACACGUUGACAGUGCUGUCACAGUCUUGUAAUAUGUUGAUAAAUAAUGUUAGAUUCUAAAUCGGUGCUAGGAGUUACAAGUUGUAUUCCAUGACAGGCUACGAGUUUCCUCUUGUCUCACCCCUAAUUGUCGACCUCCAGUGAGGACUCUUAACUACAGAUAGGAGACAAGUUUUUCAGGUUUUGAAAUUUCCAUUAAAAUUUGAUUGUUCUAUUGAAAACAAA